AAUGUCAUAAAUGAAUGAUCGCUAUCUUUGUUGUAAUCUAACCUCUUGAUAAUGGACAUAUUUUAAAGUUAUCUUUGGAGUGUAUACUAUUUAAAAAACGAAUGCCUAAUCUUAUGAGAUAAAUCUUCCAGAUUAUAAGUAAGAACUUGUUUGAAUUUCAACACCAUUGCUUGCUUAGUUUGGGAGUUAACAUAUUUAAGUUACUCAAUUAAUUAAUCCCAGUGUUCCCUGUCUCUGUGAAUGUGAAUGUGAAUGUAGGCCUAGUUGUUGUUGUUGGGCAGGAAUUAGGAAGUGAAGUAUUAGUGAAGUGAAGUUGGAAGUGUGUGUGUGUUAUCAGACAGAGACAGAAUUCAUGUGACAGGAAUUGUUGGCUAAAGUGCUUGUGUUUGGGCUGGGACAGUUCAAAUUCUUAAGCAGCCUGUAGUUAGGCUAAUUAAAGAAUAACACCAUAAUGGAUGGCUGUACAACAUCUUCUGAAAGAAGUCUGUAAACGUUACAAACACAUAAACUGUCAACAACGUCUAUUUAAGAAUUCAUCUCAACAUUUCACAACACAGAUCAGAACUAUGUCUGCUCAAAAGUUUACCCUUCCUGAAAGGUUCAUCGGCUCUGAAAGUAGUGUCUGGGUGGAGUAUAUCAAGCUAGCUUUGGAAGAAAAGCCACUCAAUCUAGGACAAGGGUUUCCUGACUUUGCCUGUCCGGACUACGUGACCAAGGCCUUGGCAGAUGUUGCUAGUGGGGAGAAUUUACUUCUUCACCAAUACACUCGCGGCUUUGGUCACCCGCGUCUAGUGGCUGCGCUGUCCAAGUUGUACUCGCAGCUGGUUGGUCGAGACCUCAACCCUCAGACGGAGAUCAUAGUGACUGCUGGAGCUUAUGAAGCUUUGUUCAGCUGUAUACAGGGCCAUACUUCACCUGGGGACGAGGUGAUCAUCAUCGAGCCGUUCUUCGACUGUUACGAGCCGAUGGUCCGCACAGUCGGGGGUGUGCCUGUCUUCAUCCCUCUGCGGCCGAGGAAACCCACACUAGGAAAGCCGAUGAUGUCGAGCGACUGGGUGUUGGAUCCAGAAGAAUUGGCUUCAAAGUUCAACUCUAAAACCAAGUCCAUCAUUGUGAACACACCUCACAACCCUGUCGGCAAAGUGUUCAGUCUGGAGGAGUUGACUUUGAUUGCAGAUUUGUGCAAGAAGUGGGACGUGCUGUGCAUUUCUGACGAAGUUUACGAACAUAUGGUCUACAAGCCGUUCAAACAUAUUCGUAUAGCAACCCUACCUGGGAUGUGGGAACGCACUGUAACCAUCGGUUCCGCUGGGAAGACUUUCAGUGUAACUGGAUGGAAAACCGGUUGGGCUUACGGUUACGAACCCCUCAUGCGUAACCUUAUGAUCGUACAUCAGAACUGCGUGUAUACAUGCACUACCCCACUUCAGGAAGCCAUUGCACGAGGUUUUGAGGUAGAACUAGAACGCCUUGGAACGCCCGAGUGCUACUUUGAGAGUUUAGCGAGGGAAUUGGAGUCCAAGAGAGACUACAUGGCUAAGUUCCUGACUGACGUAGGAAUGGUUCCAACCAUACCAGAGGGAGGCUACUUCAUGCUGGCAGACUGGACCGCCUUAGGCAAAAAAGUUGACCUCAGCAGCGAAUCUGAUAAAUGGAAAGACUACAAGUUUACAAAGUGGAUGUCGAAAAAUGUGAAGCUUCAAGGAAUACCUCCUUCUGCGUUCUACAGUGAACCACACAAACCCUUGGGCGAGAAUUUUGUGCGGUAUUGCUUUAUAAAGAAUGACGAUACAUUGCAGAAAGCAGCUCAAAUUCUAGGCACCUGGAAAGAAAACGCAUCCAAGUUAUAAUAUUUAGGUGUGAAAGUCUCGAGUUAACAAGUAAAUGCCUAUUCCAUAAUCUUAGGCACAGAAAAUUGUCAGUCUUCUUCAAACAAAAUAUUAAACAGCAAAUAAAAGUGAUCAACAAGUUUGAAAAAGAACAAGUGAUAAUUUAAGAAAUUUAUUUUGUUUGUUUUGCUUUAAUUUUUAUUUUAACUUCUGUGUAAUGAUUUUAUCUUCACUUGUUCCUUCAUCAGACUACUUUAAGUGAUAUUUGUACAAUUGUGAUAUUGUUUUGUUGCAUAUAUUUUAGUACUCAAUUAUUUUACGGUGGUUAUUUUGAAAGCUUAUGAGAAUAUAUUUUGGAAUAAAUGAGAUUUAGAUAAAAAUA